AUCUGAUAAGACAUUCCGUCAACAGGACUUGCCGCGUCGAGACAAUCUUGACUUGUUUUCAAAUUAAACCAAUUCUAGAAGGGAAUGAGUCAAAAUCUGAAUACAUUUUUGUUAUAAUUUAUAUGAAUGUGAUUGUGCGGGCGUGACAGUUUCGAGAGCAAAUGUUUCGAAUCCAGGCGAAUGAGUUUGGGUUUUGCUAACAUUCCAAAUGCGGGAUCAGGGGACACUAGAACAGGGGGCAACAGGUCUGGGCUGAUCAAUGGCAAGCAAAUGGAACUCCUUCUGCAGGAUCCUGCAUCGGAGACGAGUCUUCGAACCUGACCAGCUGAAUACAGGAAAUUUGAAGAGAUGCCUCUCAGUAUGGGACCUGACUGCGCUGGGCGUGGGCAGUUCACUCGGCGUCGGCGUGUACGUACUGAUUGGCUCCGUAGCCCGGCACCUGGCUGGACCUUCCAUAAUAUUAUCAUUUCUAAUUGCAGCCGUUGCUGCGAUAUUUGCUGGUAUGUGUUAUGCGGAAUUCGGCUCCAGAGUGCCCAAAGCGGGAUCUGCUUAUAUUUACACUUACGUGACCGUGGGAGAGUUCGUCGCUUUCGUCAUCGGCUGGAAUAUGAUUCUUGAGGCGGUUUUUGGCACAGCAAGCGUAGCACGUGGCCUCAGCAUGUAUGUAGACUCGAUGACGAACAACACCAUGUCAGUCUGGUUCGAAUCGUUCGCGCCGAUGUAUUCUGCAAAUUUUUCGCCGUAUUUCGACUUCUUCUCCUUUUUCAUAGUGAUCAUUCUAGGGGUCCUGCUUGCUUUCGGCGUUCGCGAAUCGACUCUAGUAAACAACGUGUUCACCGCUGUCAACAUCGUGGUCAUCUUGUUUAUUAUCAUCGCUGGGGCGUUCAAAGCGGACGUCAACAACUGGAGCAUAGCACCGGAACCCGCACAGGAGAACGAGGAUCGCGGCGAAGGUGGAUUCUUUCCUUACGGUGUGUGGGGGAUGCUAAAAGGUGCAGCGGUGUGUUUUUAUGGCUUCGUGGGUUUUGAUAGCAUCAGCUCAACUGGAGAGGAGGUGCGGGACCCGCGUAGAGCUAUCCCUUUAUCAAUAAUGGGGACCCAAAUGAUCGUGUUUGUGGCGUACGCAGCCGUAGCCACGGUAGUAACGAUGAUGAUGCCUUACUACUUGCAGGAAAAGGUCGCUUCCGUCGCAACCUCGUUUACUUACGUCGGCAUGGACUGGGCGCGCUGGGUGGUUACGGUUGGCGCUAUAGUAGGGAUCACUGCUAGUUUGUACGGUUCCAUUUUCCCCUUGCCUCGCUUGCUGUAUUCGAUGGCAUCGGACGGUCUUCUGAUGCAUUGGUUUGCGCGUGUGACCACUAAAAGGAAAUCACCAAUGAUAGCCACAUUAUUGUCAACUGUUAUUAUAGCUAUUUUAGCAGCGAUUUUGGAACUGAACGAGUUAAUUUUAAUGAUGUGCAUUGGAACUCUGUUAUCGUACACCGUAGUCGCGUGUUGCGUUAUAAUACUAAGAUAUCGUUCAGCGAGUAUAUCAGAAUCGAGUUAUGUCAAGCAGAUGUUCGGUCUUGGUCUCAAGGCACCGACUAAAGCCACAGCAUCCAUAAUGAAUACUUUGCUCAUAUUAUUUAUUUGUACGUGUGUAACGUCAGGUCUAGUGAUCCAUCACGUUGAAUAUCCUAUCGUGUACCUAGCAAUACUACACUCAAUAGCGUUGUUUCUGAUCAUCGUCAUGACAAUGCAGCCCCAAUUGAAAGAGGAGUUGACAUUUAAGACUCCCUUAGUACCCCUUGUGCCAUGUUUAAGUAUCUACGUCAACAUUAAUUUAAUGAUGCUGAUUAAACUGCAGACGUGGAUUCGCGUCAUAAUUUGGAUGGCGAUUGGUCUACCAAUUUAUUUCCUAUGCGUAUAUUGUUAUAAGCAAAAUGUUGAGGAUAAUCUUCAAGAUAACAUUAAUGCUUCUGUAAAUAUGAAUGUGAACGGGAAAGCACCGGUUCAAAUAUAUGUUGUGUCACCGACGCCUCCUGAUACUAUAUCACGUAGUAACAAAGGAGGAGAUCAAAUUAUAGAACAAGAUGAUCGAAUACAAGUAAUAGAUGAGAAAUCACAAGAGGAUAUCGUUAUUAAUAAAGUUCUGUUUGUAACUGAAGAAGUUAUAAUACAACAUGCUUAUUACGAAGAUAACGAAGAGAAAGAAGCUAAGAUAAUAGAUUUGUUGGAUCAAGUUUUGCAAGCGGAAGAAGAUUCUUAUGCGAAAAUAUUGAGUUUAAAAGAGAGCAAUGAAGAAGAAAACGUUACAAAAGAACAAGAAAAUGUUACUCAUAGAAAAUCCUUGAGUGAGUUAUCUGACGCUGGUUCGGAUGCAUCUAUGGGUAAUCAAGUGUUAUCUAAAUAUGAUGUUAUCGCUGAAGUCCACAGAGAAGAUUUGCCAAUAGUUAACGAAGAAGAAGAAAGAAGCGAUAGAGAAGAAACUGAAAUAAAUCAAGAAAAUGACGACAUAAUUGAAUACGAAGACAAUACUGCUUGUAAUGAUAGUGAUACUAAUUCACAAACUGAUGAAUCUGGAUACUCAGACACUAUCGAUAAAACAGUGCUCUGCGAAUCUGUUGAUAAUUUAAAAGACGACGAACCAAAAAUACCUGUUCCACCGCCUUUAGACGAAAACUUUUUUGCGAAUCCAUCUUUCAAAAAAUCCUAUACUAUAUCAGUGAGGCCACCUAAACCUAGAACAGGAGAUUCAGAAGAAGAAGGUAAAAUCAUACCUAGAGCAAGUGUUCAAUCUAAUUCUUCUUAUGAUGAUACACCGAUGGUGUUUGGAAGUGAUAAGCAAAUGAAUUUUAUGUCGAAAUUGAAUAAUAUAUUUCAAAAUAAAAUAGCGUCUGAAAAUGACGAAUACUUCGAUUGGAGUUACAGCGUGCAGUCCAUGAUCCUGUCUUCCUUCUUCUGGGGCUACGUCAUACUUCAAAUCCCAGGCGGAGAACUUGCGAAAAAAUUUGGAGGGAAGAUCCUUAUUACCAUCUCAAUAUCUGUCAAUUCACUGUUAUCACUCGCAAUGCCGAUUGGUGCAAAAUACGGUGGCUGGCAAUUCGUGGUCGGAUGUAGAGUAUUGCAAGGCCUGACGCAAGCAUUCGUGUACCCAUCAAUGCAUCACCUCGUCAGCCAAUGGAUUCCCCUGGAGGAGAAAGGAAGACUGAGUACUAUAAUAUACGCUGGUGGACAGCUCGGUAUCGCACUUCAGCUCAUAGCAGCAGGUUUCCUAGCUACAGCCUGGGGUUGGCAGGCAAUAUUCUACGCCAAUGGUACUCUAGGAGCUAUUUGGACAGUGGCAUAUUUGUACUUGGGUUCAGCUUCGCCGGAAAGUUCAAAAUUAAUAUCUGAAGAAGAAUUGACGUACAUUCAGACGUCUUUGGGAAGAGUUGGUGGAGCUAAGAAAUACCCAACACCGUUCCGCAAGAUAGCUACUUGUCUUCCGUUUUGGGCGGCUGUAAUCGCCCACUGUGGUCAGAACUGGGGUUUCUUUACUCUAAUGACAGAGAUGCCUACAUACAUGGCGAAGGUCUUGGAUGUUAAUCUGACUAAGAACGGUAUGCUGUCAUCGCUUCCCUACUUGGCUAUGUACAUCCUUAGUUUCCCUAUGGGCACCAUGACUGAUCUUAUCAUCAGACGAGGGUGGCUGAGCGUCACAAAUACUAGAAAACUGUUCAAUUCUAUUGGUCUAUGGGGACCGGCGCUUGCUCUCAUCGGUCUAUCCUACACUCCUGAGGGCAACAUGAUACUAGCGGUUAUAAUGCUUACCAUUAGUGUGGGUAUUAAUGCUGGACAGUACACUGGAUAUAUGUUGAUCUCAAUAGACCUGGCACCCAACUUCAGCUCCUCUCUCAUGGGCAUCUCCAACUGCAUUGCUAAUAUCAUAUCAAUCAUUGCACCGAUGGUCUGCGGCCUGAUUAUACAAGACGAGACGGAUCCAACCGAAUGGCGUAAAGUUUUCUUCUUGGCAUCAGGAGUUUACUUCUUCACUAAUUUAUUCUUCAUCCUGUUCACUACGUCCACAAGGCAGCCGUGGAAUGACCCCGAUGAGGAGAUCGAUGUUGAAAAGAAAAUCCCAGAGAAAGCUACCAGCGCACAUAUAUGAAAGAAAAUAUUCUAUAAUAUAUAAGAAUUUUAUUUAUUUUUGUACCUGAAAAAAUAUUAUAGAUGUAAAUACAGCAUCCAUA